AAUCAAAGAUAAAAUGUUAGAGAUAAGAAAAUAUGCCUAUUAUAUAAAGGAUGAUAUAAAACAAAGACACCACAUAGUAAUCUGGUCCAUCAAUUAAUUAAGACAUAAUGAAGACUCUUAGAUAUAUAUUUUGUGCUGUUUUUCUUCAGAUCGCGACAGCCCAGGUCCUAUCAAACAUACCAAGAUAUGCUACACCCGGCCAAAUUAUAACGAACCAGCCAAUGCCAAUUCAACAAAUGACCAAUGCCAAUAUCAAUCCAAUAGCAAUACCCGACGGCAUACCAAGAACUGGAUACCCCAACGUUGUAAACGGCAUGCCAUAUAUACCCAACAAUUUGGCCAAUGCCCCAAUAGCCAACGCUAUAAACGAACAAGCAAUAGUUGCUAACCCAAACAUUGGUGGUAUUCUCACCAGUGAAAUAGCCAAUGCCAAUAUUGGCGGUAUCAAUCCAAAUAUAGCAACAUUAGCAAAUAUGGCAAACAUAAAUGGCAAUAUGGCAACUUUUAAUCUUGGAAAUGGUGGUUUUACCGUUACUAGCGGAUCUCCAGGGAUUCCAGGGUUUGGAAUCCAAGUAUUGGCCGAUGCUUUGGAAGUUGGUGGUAAGGUGGCAGUCAAUGGUCAAAUACCAAUAUUUGGAUCGGUUUCUUUGAAUGGAAAUUUGCCAACGGAGGGGUCUGCGUCAGUCAGUUACGCUUGUGGCGGACAAAAAACUUCUGAUGGAGUAGUAAAUUAAUUAAAUUAUUUAUGUAAAACUAAGUUAUUUAUUUUUGUUAUAUAAGCAAAAUAAACUGUGAAACUGA